AUGAAACACCAAUCAGAUUUGCAAGAAAUUGGUUCAAUAUCUCAUAUUUCGAUUGAUACAUUAACAGUUCGUACACGUUUAAAUGGUACAUGUCGAAUUAAAUUAGCUUGUAUAUACACAACAAAUAUCUGGAGAGCAGCAUUUAAACACAAACAUCCAUUAGAACCGCUGCGAUACAAUCCUUUAGAAUCAUUUAUAAAACGCGAUGAUGUGGUUAUGGUUCGUGCAUCGACUCGAUCUCUUCGUGGACAAUAUUUGUAUGGUGAAAUAUAUCAUUUAUCCAAAAACAAUCUCAAUUUAAACAAAGAACUCAUUCGUCAAGGACUCGCCGAAUCUGCUCCUACAACUCUUUCAUCAUGUGAUCAUGAGUAUUUCUUAUUGGCUGAAGAGCAACAACAGAAAAAAAGUUCUAAUAGACGUGAUCGACGUUCUAUUCCACAACAUUGUAAUUCACCACGAUCCGAAAUCGAAGAAGAAGAAUGUCAACAUGAGAUCGAUGAUAAAAAUUAUAAUUAUUUGAAUACGGUAAUUGUUACAGUGGCAUGUCUGGUUUUCAUUACAAAUUUUGAGUAA